GUGAGGUGACGGUAGCGGUGACGGUAACAGUGAUGGUAACGGUGACGGUAACAGUGAUGGUAACGGUGACGGGAACAGUGAUUGUAACGGUGACGGUAACGGUAACGGUGACGGUAACGGUAACGGUGACGGUAACGGUAACGGUGACGGUGGCGGUGGCGGUGACGGUGAUGGUGACGGUGAUGAGGGUGAGGGUGGAAAGUCUUAGUGGAAGGAGUCCAAGAGAUGGUGGAAGUCAAGGUUGUGGUCAUGGUGAGUCAUUGGUGACUAUGGUGGUGAUGACAAUGAGCUAUGGUGAUGGUGGUGCUGAUGGCGGUGGUGAUGAUGAGGUGGCGGUGAUGAUGACGGUGGUGAUGGAGGUGAUGGUGGUGAUGGUGGUGAUGGAGGUGAUGGUAGUGAUGGUAGUGAUGGUAGUGAUGGUAGAGAUGGUGUUGAUUGCAUGGAGUGGUGAUGGUGGUGCUGAUGGUGGUGGUGAUAGUGGUGAUGAUGGGGGAGCAAGCAGUGAUGAGGAGAGGAGACCAGCAAAGUGGUUUUGGAAACCGUAACCUUUUUCUUGUUCUUUUUAACUUAUUUCGCAAGGGUUGGCCAGGAUUUCAACUUCUGCAAGUGGAAGAACUGUGAGUGGAAGGGUGGUAGGCGGAGGUAGACAAGACGAGGGAGAUUGUCUUGAAGGGUGAAUGAGCGUGAACAUAAAAGGGCAGCCUACGAAGAGGAAGAGGAGGAGGGAGAGGAGGAAAACAACGACGAGGACAAGGAGGAGGAGGAGGAGGAGGAGGAGAGAGAGAGAGAGAGAACCCUCUUGCAUUUGUGAUUAAGCAUUUUGAAGU